CCCCCCUUUUGACUUACACGCAACCCGCAGUAGCUUCUGGAAGUGAUUCAUCCAAUAGAUACUUUACGCACCUGUCCUCUCAGAAACGAGGCUUUCAAGGACAUGGGCAGCGUCAGCAACAGUUACGAGAACACGGCCGCUCCCGGCGUGCCCUUCUACACCCCGGCGCAGGUCCCUCCGGCCGCCACCCCGCUGGACAAGGACGCGGCGCCGACGCUCUUCAAGCCGCUCAAGAUCCGCUCCCUCGAGCUGCACAACCGCUUCGUCGUGUCCCCCAUGUGCCAGUACAGCGCCGACGACGGCCAUCUGACGGACUACCACCUGGUGCACCUGGGCCAGCUGGCGCUCCACGGCGCGGGGCUCACCAUCGUCGAGGCCACGGCCGUGGAGCCGCGCGGCCGCAUCUCGCCCCAAGACUCCGGCCUGUGGAAGGACUCGCAGAUUGCGCCCCUGCGCCGCAUCACCGACUUCAUCCACAGCCAGGGCGUCAAGGCGGGCAUCCAAAUCGCGCAUGCCGGCCGCAAGGCGAGCACCCUGGCGCCUUGGAUCGGCGGAACCGUCACCAAGACGCUGGCUGAUGAGAGCGUGGGCGGGUGGCCCGAGGAUGUGGUUGCGCCGAGCCCCAUUCCCUUCUAUGACGACCAUGCUACGCCCAAGGAGUUGACCAAGGAGGAGAUCAAGGGCCUUGUGCGCAAGUUUGCUGAGACGGCGGAGCGGGCUGUCAAGGCUGGAUUUGACAUGAUUGAGAUCCACGGUGCCCACGGCUACCUGAUCAGCAACUUUUUGUCGCCCCGAAGCAACAAACGAACCGACGAGUACGGCGGAAGCUUUGAGAACCGCAUCCGCUUCGUCCAGGAGGUGGUCCAGGCCGUCCGCGCCGUGGUCCCCGAGACGAUGCCGCUCGCGCUGCGCGUCUCCGCCACCGAGCUGAUGGAAUGGAGCGGCGAGCCGUCGUGGACCGUCGACGACACCAUCCGGCUGGCCAAGCUGGUGCCCUCGUGGGGCAUCGACAUCCUCGACGUCAGCAGCAGCGGCAACAGCUACGAGCAGCGCUUCCCCGAGAACCCGCACUUCCAGAUCGAGUACGCGCGCACCAUCCGCAAGGCCCUCCGCGCGGACGGCAUCGACCUGAUCGUCGCCGCCGUGGGCAACAUCUCGGACGCGCAGACGGCGCACGACGUCGUCCAGGAGGGGCCCGAGGCGGCGGCCGAGCUGGCGCUGGUGGCGAGGCAGUUCUUGAGGGAGCCCGAGUGGGUGCUGAGGGUUGCGCACGAGCUCAAGGUGACCACCAAGUGGCCGAACCAGUAUUCGAGGGCUGGGCCGCGGACGGACUUUAGCAAGAAGUUUUGAGCUGGUGAU